AGAGGACAGAGGACACACAGUUUAACAUGAUGGACUAUAGGACAGGACUGCUGCUGCUCACUGUCUGCUGGGCAGGUGUUGAUGGUCAGACUCUGACAGAAUCUGAUUCAGUGACUAAAAGGCCUGGAGAAUCUCACAGAUUGACCUGUACAGCCUCUGGAUUCACAUUAAGGAGCUACUACAUGCACUGGGUCAGACAGGCUCCUGGGAAAGGACUGGAGUGGAUCGCUUAUAUCAGCACAAAUAGUACUCCGAUCUAUUACUCCCAGUCGGUCCAGGGUAGAUUCACUAUCUCCAGAGAUGACUCCAGCAGUAAAGUGUAUCUGCAGAUGAACAGUCUGAAGGCCGAGGACACAGCAGUGUAUUACUGUGCCAGAAGAGACACAGUGAGAGACAGUAACAGGAGAAUAACAAACUACUUCCUCUAUUUACCACCACCUAUGGGAAUAUUAACUUUCUUCAGUGUUGAUGGUCAGACUCUGACAGAAUCUGAACCAGUGACUAAAAGGCCUGGAGAAUCUCACAGAUUGACCUGUACAGCCUCUGGAUUCACAUUCACUAGCUACGGCAUGCACUGGGUCAGACAGGCUCCUGGAAAAGGACUGGAGUGGAUCGCUUAUUUCGACACUGGUAGCACCCCGUACUACUCUGAGUCAUUUAAAGGCCGGUUCACCAUCUCCAGAGACAACAGCAGACAGCAGGUGUAUCUGCAGAUGAACAGUCUGAAGACCGAGGACACAGCAGUGUAUUACUGUGCCAGAAGAGACAGUGAGAGACAGUAA